AUGCUUCUCGAGUCCACCCUCAGCUCUGCGCUUGCAGUCAUUCUGACUCUUGCCCUCCCGGCGACGGCAGCAGCGCGGCCUUCGCCCGAGCGCGCAACGCCUAAACUCAGCCUGACGGCCCAGUUGCGGCUUGCAGACACUGCGGUUGAUCGCUAUAAGCUCCUCCCAAACGAUGAGGACUUUAUCUAUGAUUUCAACAAGAGCGCCUCCCCAUUCGCCAACGCCCAGACGUUCCCAGCUUUAGUCGGUUCUGGUACCUCCUUGAGCGUCUCCGCACUGCCCGGUUGCGGCAUGAGCUUCCUUCACCUCCACCCUCGCGCCACCGAACUCUUCGCCCUCACAUCCGGCCGCGUCCACACCGAGAUGGUCCCCGAGGGAAGCGUCCUCGAUUCUGAAGGCAAACAACGAGUCAUAAAGACCGAUCUUACCCCCGGAAUGAUGACGAUUUUCCCCGCCGGCUCGUUCCACACGCAGGUGAAUCCCGAUUGUGAACCUGCCGCCUUUGCGGCUGCCUUGACCUCCGAGGACUUUGGCUUUUCCUUCGUCGCAAACCAGACAUAUGCCUUGAGUGAUGAUGUGAUUGCGGCGACUUUUGGCAAGAGCGUUGCGGGUGAAGAUAUUGAUACCGUUAGGAAUUCAAUUCCCGGUGGCUUGCUUAUUAUGGUUGAGGAGUGUUUGAGCAAGUGUGGAAAGGAGAAGCGUCGGGUCUGA